AUUCAAGGACGUACUCUUUAUAAUCUCAUAUACCCUCUGUUUGCUACCUUGGUGGCAUCAAGUUUGUGAAGUCGAAUCAGAAGUACCCCGAUAUCCUGCUCAACUCCAUCCUUCGUCUCGCGCUUCACAAACGCACACGAUGGAGGACGUUCAACCACUCCAUCCUCCUCGACCCCGUCGACAACGCAAGACUCUCUCCGCUGGCAAAUGUCUUCUCUACACCGUCCUCGCCAUCGGGGCAGCCCUCAUCAGCGCCGUUCUGAUCUCCGCUGGGUAUGGCGUCUGGACCGCUUGGAAGUCCAUCAGCGAUCCUCAUUCAAUUCACAGGCUCGAUAAGGCUGCGGAGAAGAACGUAUCCGAUGUCAACCUCGUCAGGGCAAUCAUCGACGAUCAGACCCGGUUCGAUGUGGCAGUCAGCGUCUGGACGACCUUGCCGGAUUCUGAACAAGAGGAAGAGAUCCGAGGGUUGACGUUCGUACAGGCUGAUCAGAAGGGAUUGGGUCGACCGAAGGAACAGGUCCUCUUCUCGGAUAUCGUCUUGAGGGACGUCACACUCCGCUCCAAAAGUAUCGCUACGACCGUCAAGUACCGACUACCUCUGGAUAGAUUCCGGGACCAGAACCUAACAGGAUGGGACCUCCGGAGUACCAUGGUCCUCCUGCCCACCACUUCCGGACCAUUGGAUGAUGACAGGUUCAUCAGCUAUAGUCAGUGGAAACCGGACGAAGUAGGCAAUCAGCCUAGGUUGAGCCAUCCGUUCCCUUACCGACCCUCAACUUCAGAGGGGGAGAAGAGCGGUUCGCCACCUCAAGCCGGGGAUGCAGAUGGAGACCAGGAGAACCCAAAGUCGAUGAUAUUCCGCUUAUACGACGAUUGGGGAGCGGGUGUCUCGCUCUUGAAUUUUAUCGCUGGGAACGAGACCGAGACCGAGGUGGAACCUUUGAACGCUUCGAACGAGACGACGAAAGCCAAAGAAGGGGAUCUCCAAGUUGAAAGUUCGGACAAGGCGAAAGUGGAUGUGGGGAAAGAAAUGGACGAUGAUGAUCUGGAUUUGGAAGAUGAUGACGAUCUUCCCGAAUCAGAACGGGCGGAGAAGACGUCGAGUCAGCCAUCAGAGCGGAAGUCCGAGGGGAAGGAGGUGAAACCUCAUCCGUACCUCGUUACCAGGACACAUUUCUAUGCGAUCAACGAGACCAGACCUAUGGAACGCAAGGUCUUCAACAAGCUGCACAAGGACUUGAAGAGAUUUAGUUGUGGAUUGUCCAUGGGAACGGACGUCAAACCCGCCCUAUCCCGGUGUUUCAAGCGAUACCAAUCGAAUGGAGAAUGGGGGGUCAAGGUCAAAUAUAAUGCCCCGACCGAAGCUGGUCCGAAGCCGCGGUUGGGAUACCUGCCUUAUCUCGGAUCUUUAUCGGGUGGAGCUGGACCUAUGGACCUGGAGAAGAUUCCCGUUAGGCGAAACAAUACCCGUAGCGGUUCAGGUGUGUCAUUGGAUGAAGAUACUCCGAAUUACAUGGAUGUCCAGUGGACCGUCGUCUUCUCCGGUUUGUCUGCCGGAAGAGUGGAGCUGCUGGAACAGUUCGCUCAACCUCCAACCCUGGCGCAUAAUGCCACGCAAGCCGAACGAGUGUUGGGUCAUUCACAGUGGGAGCAGACCCAUGGAAUCCUUGGCAAUCCUGGCGAGGGUACUCGACCGUGGAUGCGCUUUUUCUUGCGUACCGUUCAAACGAUAUUGGAUCUUCCUGUACAUCUGUUGAAAAUUCACUACUGGUAUACUCGCACCACGUCGCUGGGAAUUAACAGGACCGGUAUCUACCUGAGCGGCCUUGCCGACUUCACCUGGACCACACUCUCGUUUACCGAUCUCGCACCCUGGAACCAGCAAUUCGAGUUCUGGCUGAGUUUCGGACUCACAGCAAUCAUCUGUGUGUGGUAUACCAUUCCUUUGUUCUUGGCCCUCAAGGUUGUCUCGCCCAUCGCCUUGGUAUGGAAUCGUUGGAUACCCGUAGGAUCGCUGCGAGUCGAGCCAACCCACCGGGAACGGGCGUUCUUGCGUUCUGACUUCCGAAUGCCCAAGCUAUGGCUUGCUUUGGCCAUUACCGUUCUUGCCUCUGUGCGAUACGCAGAGAAUCGGUGGACCUGGUACAUCGUAGCGCCCGCGUUGCCUAAAACGCACGACGUCGAGAUUGCAAAACUCGGUAAAUUACUCAAGACGUAUCUGGAACCCAUCGGUUGGGCAGCCUCUCAUAGUGCCGAAGGAUAUCAACUCGUGACGAACCACCUGCACAGCUCAUAUGCGGCUUCAUACGCCUUGACAACCUACCUGUCCACCAUCUCCAGCGUAAUCCAGCUGGUUUACCUGCUACCCAUCGUUACGGGUCGACACGAUGCCAAGGGGGGAGUGGCCGUUUCCGCGAUCUUGGCAUAUGCGAUGAUGAUCAUCGACUUAUGGCAAGCUUGGAAUCUCCCGAGGAUCGAGCAGCACAAUAUGGAAAAGGACGAAGAUGAGGACUGAAU